AUGGCUGAGGCACAGGCAGUCGACUACACGCUCGCGAACCCGGAUACCUUGACCAAGUACAAGGUCGCCGCCGAUAUCUCCCAGAAGGUUCUCAAGGAAGUCUCCGGAUGGAUCUCUGAGGGUGCCAGCAUCGUCGAGCUCUGCGAGCGCGGUGACAAGCUCCUCGACGAGGAGGUCGGCAAGGUCUACAGGGGAAAGAAGAUCGCCAAGGGAAUCGGACACUGCACCACCAUCUCUCCCAGCUCCUACGUCACACCCUACACUCCUCUCAAGUCCGAUGCUGAGGAGUCUGAGACCAAGCUGAAGGCCGGCGAGGUUAUUAAGAUCCAGCUCGGUGCUCAGAUCGAUGGCUUCGCUGCUAUUGUCUGCGACAACGUCGUUGUUGGCGGCGAGAUCACUGGCGAGACCGCUGAUCUUCUGCUGGGUACAUACUACGCAAACGAGCUCCUCCUGCGGUUGAUGGUUCCUCCUGGGCUUGUCGCUCAUGGUGAUGAGGAGGAACAGAAGAAGAACGCCGCUCGCAAGCCAUACACACAGAGCCAGAUGACCCAGAUGCUCGAGAAGGUCGCUAAGGCCUACGGCCUCAACGUCGUCGAGAGCACCACCAUCUGGCAAUUCGAGCACAACGAGAUCGAGUCCAAGAAGAAGAUCAUCCUCUCCCCCGGAGAGGGUGUCCGUGGUGACGGUCUUCCUGACGUUGGCGAGGUCUGGGGUGUCGAGAUUGGUCUGUCGCUCGGAAGCGGCAAAGUCAAGAACAACGGCAACAGGACCACCCUCCACCGCCGUACAGCCAACACUUUCGGUCUCAAGCGCCCCACCUCAAGACAGCUUCUGUCUGAGGUCGUCAAGAGGUUCGGCACUUUCCCCUUCUCUCUUCGCCAGAUCGAGGACGAGAAGGUUGCCAAGGUCGGUGUUGUUGAGUGCGUACGUGGUGGCGUUCUCCGACAGUACGAGGUCGUUGUCGACAAGGACAGCAAGCCCGUCGCCAGGCUGUUUUCCACCAUCGCUGUUACCAAGAACGGUGUCCAGCGUCUGGCUCAGCCCCCUGCUCUUGAUCUCGAGAAGGUUAAGUCUGACAAGAAGAUCGAGGACGAGGAGAUCCUCAAGAUCCUUGAGCAGCCCAUUGGAAAGACCUCCACCAAGAAGAACAAGAAGAAGAAGAAGAAGCCCGCCAAGAAGGCCGCUGCCGGCGAGGCUGCCGCUGAGGAGGAAGAGAGCGACGACGAGUAA